UUCUCUGUGGGAAUAAAGUUAGGUCAGUUCAAGACUUUAUUACAGGAUUGAGGUCCAAAGAAUAACUGAUUGUUCACUGAUUCUUUCAAAAUGAGUCAAAACAAAGAACUUAUCACGCCUACAAGGCAAGAAAUGCAAAGGGUUGUAGGAUGGCAUUUAAAAAGGCAGGAAGAGCUUGUAGGUGAAAUAGCAGACAAGGAAAUUCAUGUUCGGGAGAUUUCCAAAGUAAAUGAGGAGCUCCGAGCAGACCUUAAGAAAUCAAAAGAGCAGAAUGAGGCCCUCAGAGCUGAGCUCAAAGCGAGCCGAGCUGAAACUGAGAGGGAAUGUAAGCAAGUUCAGAUCCUCAGCAAACAAGCGGAGAGGGGCCUUCAAAGAGUUAACAAAAACUGGCAGAGUAAAUUUGAGCAAACCGAGGAAAAUCACAAGGCUGAGGUCGAUAACCUGAACAAGAAGCAUGAAAAAGCCCUGGAGCGGCUGGCACAGUCGAAACAAUCCCAGAAAACCCUGGAGGAAGAACGGGAAAAAGAGCGACAUGCCUGGGAACAGAAGGUGGAGAAAUUAGAGGAAGAAGUCAAGAAGGAGAGAGGGAAACAACAAAUUAUUGACAAGCUGAAGAAAGAAAAACUACAGCUGGAGAAAACUCAGACCAAUCUAAAGACUGAAUUAGAAAGCAAGACCCAAACAUUCAAAGACAAAGAACAGCAGAUCAGGGGUAAGUUUAUUAGGGAGAACGCUCUCCUACAGUCAAAGAUCGAACAAUUACAGGAGGAUCUGGCUAAAUUAAGACAACCAACUGAUUUCAAAAGAGAGAUCAAUGCUUUAAAGAGCAAAAUUGAGAUAUUAGAGAGGGAUAAAGGAUUUGUCAGUCAUGAGCUCAGAUCUACUCAGAAUCAGAAUAAAGAACUGGAGAAAGAUCUGAAAAAAGCCAGAUCCAACAAAAUUUAUUUGAAGUACAAAGAUAAUAUCCUCUCUUCAGACUAUGAGCAGCUGAAAGAAAAGUAUGACGCCCAAACAAAACAACUGAAAAAAGUCAACGAAAAACUAAAGGCGUGCUCAGAGGACUUGUUUCUCACGAAGCAAACAAACACCAAUCUUAAUAUGCACAAAAAAAACAUGAAAAAGAACCAAGAAAAGGACAAGGAAGAAAUCCGCAGGCUGACCACAAAACUGAACAAUGUCAAAAAAGACAUAGUGGCAGUCAGUACCCAGAAGACCAAUCCUACAGAGUUAAAGAGAGCAGUCACUAAACUCUACAGGAUUUACGUAGAGGAGGACAAAUCAGCGACGGCAAGCCUGCAUACGAUCGUCAACAAGGACAAGGAAAUAAUCCACCAGCUGACCAUGCAACUGGACAAUAUCAAAGCAGACAUAACGGCAGUCAAGUCCAAGAUGACCAAUUCCCUACAGUUCAACAGAGCAUUCCUCAAACUCUACAGGAUUUACGUAGAGGAGGACAAAUCCCCAAAGCCAAGCUUAGAUUCGACCGCCACAGACGACCCUGAAAAGCUCCCUCUCCAGAAAAUACUGCAAUCAGCUGAAAACGGCAUCAAGCGCAAAGAUGCAACCAUCCAAAGACAGGAACGAGGCCGACUCCAACAGAAAAGAGAAGCUCAAUCAACCCACAGUUUCCUGAUCUCUGAGGUCAAUGAGCAGCGUUCAGAGAUUAGCCAGCUGAGGGAAGAUAAGAGGAAGCUGGAACAGGAGCUAGCUGAAGAAAGACGGCAGAGAACAGCGUCUCAAAAGCGCCUGGUGGAAGUCUCCCGGGGUUCAGGAGGAGCAACAUGGUAGCACCGCAGUCGGAGUCGUAGCUGCAAAAACAGCUGCCAGACGGCCAGAACGUGUGGACCAGCGUAAACAAUAAAAAGCAGAAAUAAAAGAUUGUUGUUUGAAAAUUAGCUGUGAACUAAGAAAAGGAAUACUGUCAGAAUUACAGACCAGUAUCAAUUUUAAACGUUGAUUAUAAAAUGUAUACCUCAACUAGAUCAAAACUGUUUCAGCUAAAACUGCAUGGGGAUGCUAACAGCUGGAUUGUAAAAGAACUGCUGAAAAUAGCCAAAAAGCAGAAAAAUAGCUGAAAAUAGCAUAAAAUGGCAUAAAAGUAGCUGAAAAUGGCAUUCAAUAGCUAAAAAAGGGUAA